AAAACAACAUCGAAUGAAUCAACUCCGUUGUAGAACUAAAACAAAACUGAAUCGCGCAGGAAGGGAUUAGAUUUCUAAUAAAACCUUCUCGUUUGUUUCCUUAAUUAAUCCAUUUUCAUUUCUUCAAAACCUAAACCACAAUGUUGUUUUCAACUUUGAGGCAUUUUCGUUUCUCCAAUUUUCCUCUUUUUCAACUUUCAAACCCUAAAUUCAUUCCUUGCUUCCAUUCUUCAUCAAUGCUAAUGCUAUACUCUCAAUUACAUCACCAACAAGAAGACCAACAUAAUCAUCUUGUUUCUUCAUUCAAUCAAUUACUACAUCAGAAUCCAACUCCACCCAUCUUCCAUUUUGGUAAGAUUUUAGGUUCUCUUGUUAAGUCCAAUCAUUUCUACACUGUUGUUUCACUUCAUCGUCAGAUGGAACUAAAUGGAAUUGCUUCAAAUUUAGUCACUUUCAGCAUCUUGAUCAAUUGUUUUUCUCAAUUGGGUCUAAACUCUCUUUCCUUUUCUGUAUUUGCCAACAUUCUUAAAAAGGGUUAUGACCCAAAUGCCAUCACUUUGACUACACUCAUCAAGGGUCUUUGUCUCAAAGGUCAGAUCCAUAAAGCAUUGAACUUUCAUGACAACGUGGUAGCACAGGGAUUUCAGUUGAACCAAGUUAGUUACGGGACCUUAAUCAAUGGGUUAUGUAAAGUAGGAGAAACAAGUGCAGCCUUGCAGUUGCUGAGACGAGUUGAUGGGAAACUGGUUCGACCUAAUGUGGUAAUGUACACUGCAAUUAUUGACAGUAUGUGCAAAGAUAAACUUGUUGAUGAUGCUUUUGAUUUAUAUUCUGAAAUGGUCGCUAAGACAAUUUAUCCCAAUGUUGUCACUUAUAGUACUUUAAUUAGUGGCUUUUGCAUUGUCGGUAAAUUGAAAGAAGCAAUUGGGCUUCUUAAUAAAAUGGUUUUGGAGAACAUCAACCCGAAUGCUUAUACGUUUAAUAUAUUGGUUGAUGCAUUUUGUAAGGAAGGAAAAGUGAAAGAAGCUAAUAAUGUGUUUGCUAUGAUGAUCAGAAAAGGUGUUAAACCUGAUGUUAUUACCUAUAGCUCGUUAAUGGAUGGAUAUUGCUUAGUUAAAGAAAUGAAAAAGGCCAACGGUAUAUUCAACACCAUAGCUGCCCAAAGCGGAGAUGUUUUAAGUUACAAUAUUAUGAUUAAUGGAUUUUGUAAAGUUAAAAUGGUGGAUGAAGCCUUAAAUCUCUUCAAAGAAAUGCAUUGUAGAAACAUUAUUCCUGAUGUGGUAACUUACAGUUCCCUUAUUGAUGGUUUGGGCAAAUCAGGGAGAAUCUCUCAUGCUUUGAAGCUUGUGGAUGAGAUGCAUGAUAGAGGUCAACCACCUAAUAUAGUUACCUACAAUUCUAUAUUUGAUGCUUUAUGCAAAACCCAUCAUGUUGAAAAGGCGAUUGCAUUAUUAACAAAAGUUAAGAACGAGGGCAUUCAACCAAAUAUGAACACAUAUACUAUUCUUAUUCACGGAUUGUGUAAAGUUGGAAGAGUAGAGGACGCGAGAAAUGUUUUUGUAGAUCUUUCAGUCAAAGGCUACAAUCUAAGUGUUUAUACAUAUACUGUUAUGAUCCAAGGGUUUUGCAUCAAGGGCUUGUUUGAUGAAGCGUUGGCCUUGCUAUCAAAAAUGAAAGACAAUGGUUGCAUUCCAAAUGCCAAAACUUAUGAAAUAAUUAUCCGUUGUCUAUUUGAUAGAGAUGAAAAUGAUAAGGCAGAGAAACUUCUACGUGAAGCUGUCGUGAGAGGUCUACUGUAAGAUUGAAACUAGAAGCUGGAACAGGAACCUUGUCCGAGAUAUUUUCUCCUCUUUUGAAGCACAACAAAUUCUCAAUAUUCCCUUAUCUCGGAGGCUCCCGAAUGAUAAAAGAAUAUGGCACUGGGAAGGAGAUGGCAAUUUUUCAGUUAGAUCAGCACAUCACAUGAUUAAUUAAAGAGGCCGAAUCAGCAAGGACGCCUGAAACUUCUCCAUCUAAAAAGUAAACUUUUUCUUAUAUUAAGGACCGGAGUAGUAAACUUGGUAGCAAUAUUAUUUAUUUAUUUUUACAAAAAAUAUUGUUUAUGAUUUUAAGUCAGAACAAAAUACAAAAUAAAGCAUGAUGCCAA